AUGAAUUCGACGACGUCGUCUACACCGGUCAGCCCACAGGUCACGGACUAUCUGGAAUACAAGGCGGCCAUGGUGCUGUGGCGGGUGUUUUCGCCCGGUCUGAUCGUCACCGGGACGCUGGGCAACGUCAUGUCGAUCGCCGUGCUCACCCGCAAGUCGAUGCGGCAGUCGACGGUGUCGCUGUACCUCGUCGUGCUGGCCGUCGUCGACAUCCUCGUGCUGUACACGGGGCUACUGCGGCAGUGGCUGCGGGUUCUCCAGGGCACGGACCUGCGCAACCUCCACCCGCUGCUGUGCAAGGUGCACGUGUGGAUGGUCUACUUCUCCCUUGACUUCUCCAGCUGGCUGCUCGUGGCCGUCACGCUCGAGCGGUUCGUGUCCGUCUGGUUCCCGCACAGCGUCAAGCGCAUGUGCACCAGGACGACCGCCGGCGUCAUCAUUGCCGGGAUAGCGACCUUUCUCCUGGCCGUCAACUCGCACUUUCUAUACGGCCUCGGCGAUGUCGUAUAUCGGUCCGGGAACUCGACCAGCAUACAGCACUGUGCCUCGCUCUGGUCCGGAUAUGAGACGUUCGCCAACACCAUCUGGCCGUGGAUCGACCUCUGCCUGUUCUGUCUGCUUCCGUUUCUCUUUCUCAUAACCGGAAACGUCGCCAUCAUUGUGAAAGUUUGCAUCAGCAACCGGAAGAGGAGGCGCCACGACGCCAACAUAGGUCUGUCGAACACCCAGAACAUCAAGGUGCGCUCGUCCAAGACGUCGUCGAUGACGGUGAUGCUGUUGACGACCAACGCCGUGUUUCUCGUAUGCACGUCGCCCAUAUCUAUAUUCUUGAUCGGCGAGGUGUACUGGUUCGACUACGCGACACUCCAGCCGCGAGGAGAAGCCAUGUAUUUACUCACCUGGGCGACCGUCAAUGUCUUCAUGUACACCAACAACUCCAUCAACUUUCUCCUGUACUGCAUCAGCGGCAGUCGAUUCCGCGAGGCACUCAGGGGUCUGUUUAGUCGAAGGCGAAGAAUUCACCCCACGGCGUCAUUCACCAGGAACGACAACUCCAUGUUGCAACCAACCGCAAGUCAACAGGCGCCAGAGAGACAGGAAGCGGAAGUGACAAAAAAGCAGGUGAAUUUGGCAGUGGUGGGUCAGGACCCAAGAACGGACAUGUCUGAUAUAUAGAACUGCCUACCAUUCUGUUACUCUAGAACUUCUUUUGAGAAUUAUUGUUACUUUAUUAUUGUUGUUAUUGUUGUUAUUGUUGUUACAAGCAUC